AUGCUCCACGCCUGUCCCCGCCUUCUCUUUCACCCGAUUGGCUACAGGGCCUACGCGUCGCGAACAACGGCGCCUCCCAUUUGCUAGUUCAUCUUGCACCGCCCCCCCCCCGACCCACGCAAGAUGGCAGCCAAGCGCUCUCUGAGGUACCCGGGGCUGUUAAUGUGGAGGUUGUGGCAGGCCGGGGGAGCGCCACAAAAUCCGGGAGCCGGCCUGCGCCUGGAAGUGAGGGCUUAUUCCCCGGGCGACGGCUCAUACUCGCGCACGGCGCUCUAUGAGCUGCUCGGCGUCCCCUCCACAGCCACGCAGGCGCAAAUCAAGGCGGCCUACUACCGGCAGUGCCUCCUCUACCACCCGGACCGCAACUCGGGGAGCGCCGAGGCUGCCGAGCGCUUCACGCGCAUCUCCCAGGCCUACGUGGUGCUGGGCAGCGCCACCCUGCGCCGCAAGUAUGACCGCGGCCUGCUCAGCGACGAGGACCUGCGCGGACCCGGCGGCCGGCCCUCCAGGACGCCGGCGGCCGACCCCGGCGCGCCCCGCGCCCCGCCGCCUGCCUCUCGGGCCCCCGGCCGUGGUCAGGCCGCGCCGGGCGCCACCCGCACCAUGUUCGACUUUGACGCCUUCUACCAGGCGCACUACGGAGAGCAGCUGGAGCGGGAGCGGCGCCAGAGGGCCCGGCGUGAGGCCCUCCGCAAGCAGCAGGAGGACCGCGCCGCGAGGGGCUUCCGCUGGGACGAGACCCGCGACACGGCUUUCGUCUUCCUGCUCCUCGCCAUCUUCAUCAUCGUGGGCUUUCGUUUUUAAUCGGAGAGAGGAGGGCGGGGGAGCAGCCCCAGCCAGCCCCACGAAGAUGGGCUUUCCCGUCUUCUCGAGCCCUUUGCCCUCCAUAGUCUACCUCUGCUGGAGUCCGAAGGACUGCUCUCCCCUCCUCUUCCCCGCCCGCCCAGCCUAGCCGUGGACCUGCACAUCCCUCCCUCCACGGUCCAGAAAAGGUGGCUUUUCGAUGCCCGAGAAAGAGGCCCCAAGAUGGAGAGUCCCGAAAGCCCAAUAGUGAAGGGUUUUCUGGAGUCCCUUGGGUGCCUGCUUCCAGAGGUUGCCUUCCUGAUGUUGUCCACUUCUGGAACACUUGCUCUGGCUUUGUUGUAAAGCUCUGAGCAAGCACUGGCUGCUCCUGCCCUGCGUGUCUACCGUGGGGCUCCUCUGUAACCUUGAAACGUGCAAUGUGACCAAUUGUUGGCUGCCAAAAGAAAAAUUCUGGGGUUGUACGAACCUUGUCUUUCUGUGAGUUCCCCAAGCCACAGGUGAGACCUGGUGUAGGGUAAGAAUGUGGUAUUUGGAACCUUGCCAUUCUUGUGUGGUCAGCCCCAGACCCCACUCUCCCUUCUGUUGGUGGCAUGUGAGAGUGGGAAAGCAAGGUCAUCAAGUAAGGAAUGAGCGUUCCUGUGCUCAUAGUUAUCUAAUGGAUGACCUUGGAGAAGUUACUCUGUGGGCAUGACAGCAAAGGAGCACAUCAUCUGCUCUCCUGAGGUCUGUCACAUUUUAUUAUCCAUAGUUCUGGUGGGCUCGGUGAUUAAAACCUGAUGCCGGUCAAGUCAGAUUUAUCCUUGGGAUAGUGUACCGGUCACCAGGUCAUCCCUUUACCAGCCAGCCCCAUGGCUAACUGUGCAACUCAUACCCUGCCAGAAAUAGAGCAACAAACUGGGAGUUUGAGUCGUCUGAAUGUGGCGCAUCCUCCUGCUUAGCUUGCAAUGCUUAUCGCAGGCCCCACAAGACAAGUACUUGAAACAUGGCUGCUUUUUUUGUCUAAUUCGUGCUAAGCAGCGGUCAUCACUUGGCUGGAGCUGUAAUAGUCAGGCUCUCUUAACCAUGGGGGGUGUGGGUUGGCUGUGAGAUUGUAGGUGCUCAAACGUUUAUGCACUGGGACUGAGUGUAAAGCUGUGGGGAUAGGAAACCUGUGCAAGAGAUCUCCCACAAGGGUGAGGGCCUAAGUCUAGGUUCUAAACGAAGUCAGAGGUGCUUUGGUAUCUUAAUACCAAUUCCCACACUCAAUCUUUUGUGUGAAAUCCUUGUAUAAAUUGGGAUAAACUCACAGCUAGUUCAACUUGGUCUCUUGAAAUCCAUUCAAUUCUCUCUAGCUUUGGAGGGUUGGCGCAAGCUCUUGGUCAUGGCUUUGCAGUGACCCUACAAUUAAGGGGUAAAGCUGUGAGCCCAGUCUGGUUCAGACUUGCUGGGCUCAGUGAGCCUUGAUUUGGGGGGAGGGGCAAAUGUACUUUGAAAAAGAACAUUUAAUGUUAUUAUGUUUCAUAUUUGGAAAACAAGAGGAAAGAUCUGGGUUUUUUUUUGAAAUGCCAACUACAGGAAAUGAAGCUUAGUAAAAUGUACAGAAACUAGUGAUUCUCAACCAAGGAGUUGGGGUAUAACAAAGUGUCCUUGGGGCAAGAUUCUAUCAAAGUUUCUAUCAAAAGGGGUUGGGAUUCUUUUGGAUUUUAUUUGUAAAAAUACUGGUGGUCUGUAAUAGCUGGGACCUUUCUCAUGGGCUGCUUGACAUAGACUCCUCAAGUUUGUUCUCUGUCCGUGAAGAACAUGGAGAUAAAUAAAGGUUCCAGAGGGUUUUGGGGGUUGGGGAAUCCAGAAUGUGAAACUUCUGGAACAUUCCAGAACAUUCCAUGCAGCUCCAAGCAGGGUAGUCAAUAAAGUUUAUUAACCAUCCAA